AUGGAUAUGCCGAUGUCCUUCUACUUCUCCAGCCGCGCUACCAUACUGUUCCCCGGCUGGUCUGUGCAGGACGCGGUCGGUAUGGUGUUCAGUGCGGCGGGGAUCCUGUGUAUCGCGGCUCUGGUGGAGGGACUGAAGCGGUCCGUGUGGUGGCUGGGGAGGAGAAGACAGGAAGGCCUCGUGGACGUGAGAAAUGGCGGGCAACACCUGCAGACGUCUCAGCAUUAUAAACAAGGGUUGCUAUACCACCUUGCCCAGUCCCUGCUGCAUGUAUUUGAGGUGGUUCUUGCCUACUGUCUGAUGUUGGUGGUCAUGACGUACAACGGCUGGCUGGCCAUCGCAGUCUUCCUGGGUGCCGGCAUCGGCUACCUCGUCUUCUCAGCAGACAUGGGAGUCAGAGUGGAAACUGUGGAUCCACUGACCAGUGAACAACGUCUGUGA